UCGAGCGGCCCGGACGCCGGCGGGGCCGCCGAGGCUGCUGUGAGAGGGCGCCCGCGGCUGCUGGGGAGCAGACAGGCGAGGGAGGCGGGGAGGCGGCGGCCGCGCUAGCUCGCCUGCUCGGCCGCUUCCCGGCGCCGCUGCGGGUCCGCCGCCGCUCAUCCUGCCGGCCCGCUGCUCCGCUGAGCGCCGCGGGAGCAGCCGCGCGUUGGCCGCGUUCCGCCUCCGUCCGGGAGUCGCGCGCGCCGGCGGACUCAGCGCGGAGGGCGAGCCGGCGCCACACCUGUGGAGCCGGCGGCCGUCGUGGGUGCCGGCCGGGGUCCUGCCGCGCGCGUGCUCGGGGCUGCGGGCCGCCGGGGCGCCGGGGGAGGCGCGUCCUCCGGCUGCGCGGAGCGGGCACCAUGGGGCUCCCCGCGCUUGAAUUCAGCGACUGCUGCCUGGACAGCCCGCACUUCCGAGAGACGCUCAAGUCGCACGAAGCGGAACUGGACAAGACCAACAAAUUCAUCAAGGAGCUCAUCAAGGACGGGAAGUCCCUCAUCAGCGCGCUCAAGAAUUUGUCUUCAGCGAAGCGGAAAUUUGCUGAUUCCUUAAAUGAAUUUAAAUUUCAGUGCAUAGGAGAUGCAGAAACAGAUGAUGAAAUGUGUAUAGCAAGGUCUUUGCAGGAGUUUGCCACUGUCCUUAGGAAUCUCGAAGAUGAGCGGAUACGGAUGAUUGAGAAUGCCAGCGAGGUGCUCAUCACUCCCUUGGAGAAGUUUCGGAAGGAGCAGAUUGGGGCUGCCAAGGAGGCCAAAAAGAAGUAUGACAAAGAGACAGAGAAGUAUUGUGGAAUCCUAGAAAAACACUUGAACCUGUCUUCCAAAAAGAAAGAAUCUCAGCUGCAGGAGGCAGACAGCCAAGUGGACUUGGUCCGGCAGCAUUUCUAUGAAGUAUCCCUGGAGUAUGUCUUCAAGGUGCAGGAAGUCCAAGAGAGAAAGAUGUUCGAGUUUGUGGAGCCUCUACUGGCGUUCUUGCAAGGACUCUUCACUUUCUAUCACCACGGUUAUGAGCUGGCCAAGGAUUUCGGCGACUUUAAGACCCAGCUGACCAUCAGCAUACAGAAUACAAGAAAUCGCUUUGAGGGCACCAGGUCAGAAGUGGAAUCACUGAUGAAAAAGAUGAAGGAGAAUCCCCUCGACCACAAGACCGUCAGCCCCUACACCAUGGAAGGGUACCUGUACGUUCAGGAGAAACGUCACUUUGGCACUUCUUGGGUGAAGCACUACUGUACGUAUCAACGGGACUCCAAACAAAUCACCAUGGUACCUUUUGACCAGAAGUCAGGAGGAAAGGGGGGAGAAGAUGAAUCAGUCACCCUCAAAUCCUGCACACGGCGAAAAACAGACUCUAUUGAGAAGAGGUUUUGCUUUGAUGUAGAAGCAGUAGACAGGCCGGGGGUCAUCACCAUGCAGGCGCUGUCAGAAGAGGACCGGAGGCUGUGGAUGGAAGCCAUGGACGGCCGGGAACCUGUCUACAACUCGAACAAAGACAGUCAGAGUGAAGGGACUGCACAAUUGGACACCAUUGGCUUCAGCAUAAUCAGGAAAUGCAUCCAUGCUGUGGAAACCAGAGGGAUCAAUGAGCAAGGGCUCUACAGAAUCGUGGGCGUCAAUUCCAGAGUGCAGAAGCUGCUCAGUGUCCUAAUGGACCCCAAAACAGCUUCUGAAACAGAAACGGAUAUCUGUGCCGAGUGGGAGAUAAAGACCAUCACUAGUGCUUUGAAGACCUACCUAAGAAUGCUUCCAGGACCACUCAUGAUGUAUCAGUUUCAAAGAAGUUUCAUCAAAGCAGCAAAGCUGGAGAACCAGGAGUCCCGGGUCUCUGAAAUCCACAGCCUUGUUCAUCGGCUCCCGGAGAAAAACAGGCAGAUGUUACAGCUGCUCAUGAACCACUUGGCAAAUGUUGCAAACAACCAUAAGCAGAAUUUGAUGACGGUGGCAAACCUUGGCGUGGUGUUUGGCCCCACCCUGCUGCGUCCGCAGGAAGAAACCGUCGCUGCCAUCAUGGAUAUCAAAUUCCAGAACAUCGUCGUUGAAAUCCUAAUAGAAAACCAGGAGAAGAUAUUUAACACCGUGCCCGAUAUGCCUCUCACCAAUGCCCAGCUGCACCUGGCUCGGAAGAAGAGCAGUGACUCCAAGCCCCCGUCCUGCAGCGAGAGGCCCCUGACGCUCUUCCACGCCAUGCAGUCAACAGAGAAACAGGAACAAAGAAACAGCAUCAUCAACUCCAGUUUGGAAUCUGUCGUCUCAUCGAAUACGAACAGCAUCCUUAAUUCCAGCAGCAGCUUACAGCCCAACAUGAACUCCAGCGACCCAGACCUGCAUGUGCUCAAACCCACGCGGCCCAACUCACUCCCCCCGAAUCCAAGCCCAACUUCACCCCUCUCGCCAUCCUGGCCCCUGUUCUCGGCGCCAUCCAGCCCUAUGCCCACCUCAUCCACGUCCAGCGACUCAUCCCCCAUCAGCACACCAUUCCGGAAGGCGAAAGCCCUGUAUGCGUGCAAGGCUGAGCACGACUCGGAGCUCUCGUUCACGGCGGGCACCGUCUUUGACAACGUUCAUCCAUCCCAGGAGCCUGGCUGGUUGGAGGGGACUCUGAAUGGGAAGACCGGCCUCAUCCCUGAGAACUACGUGGAGUUCCUCUAACCGUGGGCCACUGUGGAACUGCUGAGCUUUCUCUGGUGUCCAUGACAGCCGCUGAUCCCAGGGCUGUAGGCCAGUUCUCUUUGCCGCUGAGGAAUGCAAGUGACCGACCCUGCUGCUACCUGUCCACGUGAAUGUUUCUGUGAACUCGGGCGCCACACACCCCGUGGUCAUCUCAGCUGACACGCAGUGAUACUGCAAGAAGCAGAAGUAAAUCAGCUGGAGGCCAUUCGAUGCUGAUAACCGAGAGAAAGGCUCGCAAAGCCAGUUGGUUCUCUCCUUUCGCACCCUAAUCAGGGGACGCUCAUUUUGCUUCAGUAGUCUCCCGAGCCCCCAGCCUUCUGGAGAAGGAAGUAGGUGAGAUGUAAGUAGUCCCUGAGAGCUUGUGGGGUUGCUGAGUCUGACGGAGCUGGGCAGUGCCUCUGAAGUCCAGGCUGGCUCCAUCGCUUCUGUUUACAGCAGACACUCUCUCUACGCCACCUCUAAAUGCUUGAGACACAGUGGCCAGGCCGCUGGGUCUGUUUGUUUGCAUGCAGGAUGAGGGGGUUAUGGCGCUGUUUACAGAUGAUCCAAUCUCUCACCAUCUCUAAAGCAGCCGUUGGCCCAGCAUCAGCAGAAUUCAGUCCAGUCCUCAUGCAAGGGGACACGUGCACCCCGUGUUCCCUGCCUCCCACACUAGGAACUUCUCCGCCACCAAGGGCUGCCAUCGCCUCGUAACCAUGGCAACCUAGCCCGCUCUCAAACCAAACCAAAAGAUAACACACUGCAUGACGUCCCUCCGCCCCACCCUGUGUGGUGGGUUUUCAAACCUGAAGCAGAAGCUCAUGGAAUCGGAGUGGUCUCCUUGGGCAGACAGAAUAGCAGCUGGGAACUGUUCCCUUUCUGAUGAAUUUCAGCAACACCAGGAUAUAUUUGGAGCAAACCCUAGUAACCUCUUGAGAUUAAACAGGCUUAAUAGUUCCGUUCUUCCAUGUAACUACUAUUUGUUUUCUAGAGGGUAGUCUGCCAAUCACCAAUGGGUGAUACCCUCCCUUUAAUUCAUUUCCUCAUGGCCUCCUGUUUUACCUGUCCCUUCCCUUGGCAGGGCUGCUGACCACUGGUGCCCUGGCAUUUUUCAGGGAUGAUUCCUGGGCCAACCCCAUGGCCUAGCAGGACAUAUAUGUUCACUGCCACUCAGAAAAGAGGGAAUUGUUUCUCAGGCUGUUGACACAUGGGGCUAAUAUCAUAAGCCAUUGGGAUUCAGACAGACAUCAGAAGGUUGGGGCUUGGAAGGUGGGAUGGGUACCUUCUGAGAAAGAGAGUUUCUGGGUCUAGAAGGGGCUCGGUCUCAGGAAGGCUGCCUCGGGGCUGGGGGGGGGGAGCUCGGCCUGGACAUUCCACACCCACCUGGCCUCCAAGUAACACAGUCGCCGGCCAUUAGCUUCCACAUUUGAAUGUCCCUGCGAGAGUGACCCUGGGCGGACAUGCUCCAGACUGACGGGCUGUCAAGCCCCCAGGAGCCUCUCAGGGCGGCAGCAUUGCUCCGAGUGUUUCCUGCUUCUGGGAUUCCUCUUUAGGAAAGUUUAAAGAAGAACAGGAAAAACUUGAAUUGUGUUGAAUUACUGUAUCUUUUUUUUAUUUACAUGUUUUUUUUGAAAAGAUGAUUUGUAAAUAGAGUGAUUUCAAAUACUAUAUGGCAAAGUUUUAUAUUUGAUAUUCUUUAAGCUACUUGCUCCACACAUUAAAGCUUUGAUGCCGAAUGAGUGUGUAAGAGGGAGAGGGAGGGGGCGGGGCCAUCGCCUCCUGGCCUCCAAGGAGGAGGAGCCUCACACACUCUGCCGACUCUUGGCAGGCGUGACGUAUUGAUGGCGUUGAGUCUUCUUUAUCCAGAUGUGUUUCUGAGCAUUUCUUGGGCUUUGGAUUUGGAAAUGGAAAGAGCAUCUUCAGGCAAUGAGUUUUUCAAAGAGCUCCUACUUGGUAGUAAGACGAAGCUCAGGAUCGGUGAGGCCAGGGGUUAGGUUUGUUUUUUUUUUUCAUUUUUCUUCUCAGGUGUGUAUCUUGGGUACCCCCAAGAUAUCGGGGCAGAAGGAGAUGGGAUAGUGGACCUCCUCGUAGGUAACUCUUCUGCACAUCUUCUAAAUGAGGUCAAGCCAGUUUGCAAAGGUUACGGUUUUGUGAGUUCCAAGAAAAACUGGCUUAUUAGGAUCUUCAGUUCUCAUAUGCAGCUGCUCCCCUUUCCCUAAAUGUGUUUAUGCCCUUCCUGUUCAUCUCAGAUUUCCUGUAAUCCCCCCACAAGAGAAAAACUCCAGAGGGAUGGAGAUUAUGCAAUGAGAGCUUCAUGGCUUUAAAGCUAAGAGCGGUUUGUCAUGGUGAUUCAGUUCUCAGCCUAAGGCUUCCACAGCUCCGACCCAGGAGCUCACCCAGUGGCGGGUGUGAUACUACCACUGAGCCAGGGAACCAGAACUGAGACUGGAAAAGACCGGGGUAGGCUCCGGAAAGCGGUCGUUGAAAACCCAAGCAGAAAGCGAAUGUAUGAACAGGCAACCCCUCCUCCCAGCAGACCAACAGCUUGGGGACCUGUCAGAGGGGCCUGCAGGGACAGGCAUGCUGUGUGCCACUGUCCUUUACCAGUGAGGAAAGAGUGUGACAGUGUGACCUACUGCUUUUAACACACUUGCCAUUUUAAAUUGUCGCCUGCCCCUUGGGACUGUGACCAGAGCUAGCACGGAAGAGCAGAAGCCCAGGCCCUGGCAGCAGGGUUUCCUGGCCGACGCAUACCUGUCGGUCCUUGGCCCCAGCCCGACCGCUUGGAAGCAUGUUCCUCCUUCCCCAGCUGGCCCUGGUCCGAAGCCAGGGGGAAACGGAGCCACUGCCCAGGGAAAUGUUUAGGUCGACCCCUUCCCAGCCUCCCUGGGGCCAUGCUGGGCCUGGGACAGAUGGCUGCUCUGUUUCCUUCUCCAGCCAGGCUUCCCUCCUCCCCAUUGGCUACGCAACUGGAGAAACCCUUCAGAAUGUGAUCCAGCAAAUAGGAAGGAAUUUGAGGACUAAAAAUAGACUGUAUCCUCUCUACCAGCAGUGCCCCCACCCCCAACUCCCUCCGCUUGAAUAGGGAGCUUUGGGUCAGGUCAGGGGAGCGAAGCGGCUGUCAGAACAGGAGACCACUAACCAAGGUCCCCGAGCUUUCCUGGGAGCCUUGCGUGUCCUUUGGGAGGCCUUGGGAUCAGUUUGGCAGACGGAGCUUGAAUCUUUUUUGGGUAAUAUAAUCAGUCUCUCAGUCCUCCUAAAGGUACUCAAAUAAUUCCACAGCUACAGAAUGCCAUGCCACGAGAAGGUAACUGGUUUCAAACCCCUGCUCCCAAGCAAGUAAAUUCCUGCCUUGUUCAAGACUGGCAAUAUUCUUUCUUGUUUUCAAGAAUAAACAGGGAUGGACCGACCCUGUAUAGCAUCGCCUUCUUUGGUAUCCUAUUCUUAGAGCCAGUUUUUAGCUUAGUGUUUUAGUAUUUCUGCAGCCAAUAUGUUUUCUUCUUCAGACCAAACUCUUUUUCAACAUAAUUCCAGCUCAUCUCCUCUUGCUCAGUGCUUUUUGGACAAAGGGAGAAAGAAAAAUGAGCAAUCAAAUAUUAGCAGACUGGCAUUAGCAGGACAGAGCCAUGCUACUGACAAGGUCAUUUCAGGCCUUUGCCAGGACUCCAAGGACAUACAUGCCCUACCUGUGGCUCGAAGGGAAGUUCUUCCACAAACUGAGUCUGGUCCCCUGAAAACAGCAACCCCGGGCACACCAAAAGCGCUGUCUUAACUACAGAGCUCCAGAAGCAUCGGUGGUUGAGGCUGACUGAAGGCAGAAAUAAUCUGCUAAAGAUAACUUGAUCAACUGUUCAUCACUGUCUGUUGGCACCUUUUAUCCUCUGACUUCUGAUUCCAAAAGCAAGUUGGGACCACCCAGUUUCAUAGGUGCAGGGCUGCCAGUGGCCUCCACGGCACUCAGUUUGCCCUAGGAUUGAACGUUUAAUGAGCAACCACAUUACCCAGAGUGGUAGCCGCAUUGAAGAAACAACAGCCUCUUAGCUGCCUGACUUCAAAAGGAACAUACUAGGUGUUCUGUCUCGGGACCUGUCUAUCAUCUCUGGCAAAGUGGACAGUGAUCAGUUACCUAGACAACCCUGCCCCACGUCUCACACACCCUGCGCUGCUGUUUAAAACUGUGUCUCAUGCCCAAAUGUGUUUGGCAGCCAUGCUGAUCUGCUGGGUGCUGAACCACUUCUCUGUAAUUGUAGCAUCAAAAUGACAACGGCAGCAGAGCAAGGAACCUUGCGCAACCCUACAGCAUGCCUGAGACAAGACUCAAACAAGUAAUAAUUAGCUUUUUUCCUUUCACCGCCUACAGUACUUGUCUAACUUAAGAGCUUCCCGGAGCAGAGGGAGAGGCCAUACAGGGAAUCCAGACAUCAUUCAAAGGCAGCCUUUGCUGAAAUGUGGUCUUCUAAUGGAAGCACUUAUAUUCUUGGGAGAAAAUGUCUAGAUCUAAAGUGAUGCUAGGAGCAGAGAGAGCAGUGAAUCAUACUGAAGAACUUCAGAUUUGUUUUAAAAGGGAUAAACACAGUUCUUAAUAGGAGAAAAAAAUCUAUCACAGGGAAAGUUCACAAAUGAUUUUUUUACCAAAGUGUUACAGGAUGCUCUAAGAUGGAAGCAUCUUUCAAGACAGAAUGCUUGGCACCGUCCUAGAUCCAUGGAAGGGCAGUAAUUACUAUUAUGUCAAAAUUCUCUUCAGUGUAGUCAUUGAGGUCCAGAAUAUUGAUAAUCAAAACAUCAGGAUUACCUGGAGCAGUCCUGGACACAUCAGGACAUUCUACACCAUUCUACACAGGCCAUUUCUACAAAGUCGUCUGAAUGGACACCUUGUAAGCAGGCUCCUUGGGUAUCCAGAUGCCAAGGUCAACCUCGUACCCUUGACAAGAGGUUCACCGGAUGAUUCUAAAGUAUGUAUGCAUUAGUAUCCGUGUAUGUGUAUGUACAGCACACAUUUACGUGUGUUAAGAUACAGACGCCCAGCCAGGAACCUGCAUAAGCUGGCAGUUGCUCAGCCUUCACAGCCGUUACGGUGCAGAUGUUAAGAAUUAGAGGAACACGAGAGGCUGGCGGUUGACUAUCAAAGUGAUCAAAGAUGUAAAUUAAGUGCCAUUUUAAAACUUUGUUCAUAUUUAUCAAAUGAUUACUAUCUACAGCUAUAUUCCUUAUUAACUUAUUAAAACUCAUGUUGAAAGAUCAAAUUCAUAAAUGUUUAGUAGCUAAUACUAGGCUAGUGUUCAAAAGCACUCUAAAAGACCUUUUGUCCAUAUUUUGGAGAAGGAAAUAUGUGCAUGUUUAAUUCAUAAUCUAGGCUACCUUUGAGUAUACUGUAAAGUGCUGUGUGAUAUAAUAUCAAUAAAGUACUUAAAAAUGGCACUUUAAUGUUUUCCUUGAAACCAUGAAUAAUGCACUGUUUUAAACUUCAGUAUUGAAUAUUGACUUGUGUGUAAAAUCCAGUUCUGUAAUUAAAAAGUAAUUUGUGACUAGAAUAGAACUUUUUCCCUGUUAUUAGUAAAACAGUUUUGCCAUGUUGAGGCUUUAAAAAACAGAAAUGUGCUUUUGAGUCACUAAGCUGUAUCUAUAAAGAAAAUUUCUAUCGAGUGGCCUCCAAAACUUGGCUUUCUUACAUUUGGUUGGUUUAUGUGACAAUCCUUACGAAAUGAGUAGAAGUAUGAUUUUUGAAUUAAAUGACUUUUCCAUGUG